UCAUUACUAAAUCUUAUGUUUAUGUAAAUAUUAUUAUUUUUUACGAAGACAUACAUUAUAUAAAAAAUACAAUAUACUUUUUUGUUCUUAAUUGUUGUGCACUGAGACUUCAACCGUUUCUAUCUAUAUCGAGAUAUAAAUUUAGAUUUUCUAUAGCAUUGGAGAGUUUCAACUAUCAUUUCAAAUAUUCGCUUUUCUCUUGAGUAAUAAUUGAUUAUGCAAAUAGUGAGAAAGAUCCACACACGCAAUAUUGUCGAGCUUGCGCUAGACGAUCUUAUAAUCAAUGAGCUGUUGUAAACAGUUGUUUUCGAACUGUCUACGAACAUGCAUCUCACUACAUUAAAUAAGAAUAAUUGCAAAGUGCGCAAUCUAAAAUACAAGGAAGAUAUCGCUUAUAUAACCAAACAUAAUAAAUGGAUUUUGAAAUCCAUCGGCAUUUGGCCAUCAGUUCUUAAGAGUGUCUCAAGAUUUUUACCAAAAAUCAUGUUUGGAUUCAAUAACUUUGUCCUACUUUUUUCCGUUAUACCAUGUAUUUUAUACAUCGUAUACGAAGAAAAAAAUAUUAUGAUAAAAUUUAAAUUAGUCGGUUUACUGAGUUUUUCUUUGAUUGCAUUAAUAAAAUACUGGACACUCACAUAUCGUAAACCAAGAAUCAAAGAUUGCAUUGAACAAAUAUGGAUUGAUUGGGAACAGGUAGAAUUGCAUGAGGAUCGCAAAGUGAUGUUGAAAUAUGGGCAAAUAGGUCGAAAUUUGACAAUAAUCUGUGCCGUUUUUAUAUACACUGGUGGCAGUAUCUUUCACACGAUCUUACAAUAUAAGAUCGGUACCUUUAUUGAUGAACAUAAUCGCACGAUCAAACCGGUAGUCUAUCCUACGUACAACGCCCUAUUCGACGUUCAAAAAAGCCCCAUUUACGAAUUAGUAUAUCUUCUUCAUUCCAUUUGUGGAUACAUAAUGUAUUCAGUAACUGCUGGUUCUUGUGGAUUAACUGCACUUUUCGCAACACAUGCUUGUGGACAAAUUGAUAUCGUUAUAGCUCGAUUAAAUGAUCUUAUACAUGGCAAAUAUACUAAAAAUACGUUUAAUUUGAACACACGGUUGGUAAAAAUUGUUAAACAUCAUUUGCGAAUAUUAAGAUUUUCAGAAUCUAUAGAAAUGGCAUUGCAAGAAUUAUGUUUUCUCGAAUGUAUUGGUUCCACUUUUUUGAUAUGUUUACUUGAAUAUUAUUGUAUAACGGAUUGGGAAUUAAGUAAUACUAUUAGUCUUACAACGUACACAAUGUUAUUAAUAUCUUUAACAUUUAACAUUUUCAUAUUAUGCUAUAUUGGUGAACGCCUAAUGGAAAAGAGUAGUAGUAUUGGUUUAUCCUGUUUUAUGAUCGAUUGGUUCCAAUUACCGACAAAAACAAUUCAUGAUCUUAUUUUAAUUAUUGCUAUGUCAAAUAAUCCAAUUAAAAUUAGUGCUGGAAGUAUAGUGGAUUUAUCUUUAUAUACUUUUGGAGGUGUUCUCAAAACAUCACUAGUGUAUUUAAGUUUUCUUCGUACUACUAUUAUGUAAUACAUAUUUUAUAAU